ACUCACAUAAAUAUUACUGAAAGAGAAGAAGCUCCGAAAGUCUCUCUACAUCAACGCCGAUCGAUUUCAACUUAAUCCUUCUCUCAUUUCAACACUGCUUUGAUUCAAAGUAAGUAUUUGAUUAAUUAAUUGAUUUUAAUUGUUAAUCUGUGGUGAUUAUAUAUAUAUGAAAUUGGAUUUGUUGGGAAGUGAUGGGGCAUAAGAAGCGAGGGGCUGCUCCUCGCUCGAAGACGUCACCGGCGAUUGAUUCCGGUAACGGAGUUGUUGCUGGUGGUGAAUUGGAUGGGAAUUGUAGUUUAGAUUUGUCGAUUCGACGGAAUGAAUCGAAUGAAGUAGUGGUUAGUAAAGUUAAGGGGAGUGAAUUAGGUGUUUCUAAUUAUGGUGCUAUUAAGUUGGAGUGUGAGCGGGCGUUGAAUGCGCUUGCGAGGGGGAAUCAUACGAAAGCCCUAAGGCUUAUGAAGGAUAUGUGUGUGAGGAAUGAGAAUUCGCCGUAUUUGGCGUUGAUUUAUCGAGUGCAGGGGACGGUGUGUGUGAAGGUGGCGUCGGUUAUAGAUGAUUCAAAUACGAAGCAGAGGCAUUUGAGGAAUGCGGUGGAGAGUGCGAGGAAGGCAGUGGUGUUGUCACCGAAUUCAAUUGAGUUUGCGCAUUUUUAUGCGAAUUUGAUGUAUGAGGCUGCGAGUGAGGCGAAGGAUUACGAGGAGGUGGUGCAAGAGUGUGAGAGGGCUUUGGGGAUUGAGAAUCCUGUUGAUCCGGGGAAGGAGAGUUUGCAGGAUGAGAGUCAGUUGAAGUUGUCUACACUUGAUUCGAGGGUGUCACAUGUGCAGAAUGAGCUGAGGUCGUUGAUUCAGAAGUCGAAUAUUGCUUCGCUUUCAUCGUGGAUGAAGAAUCUUAAUAACGGGGAGGAGAAGUUUCGGUUGAUUCCGAUUAGGAGGGCUACGGAGGACCCAAUGGAGGUGAAAAUGGCUCAAUCACGGAGGCCUAAUGAGAUUAAGAAGGCAACUAAGACGCCCGAGGAGAGGAGGAAAGAGAUUGAAGUUCGGGUUGCUGCUGCACGGUUGUUGCAGCAAAAGACGGAGUCACCUCAAUCCCAAAAUGAAGGUGAUAAGGUUAUAGAAACCUCUUCAGGAUCUGGUCAGCGAGCCAGUGAGCGGAGAAAGAAUGUCAGAAAAACUGCAUCUUCUGCUGAAAGAAAGGAUUUGGUUCAAUCUUUUUGGAAAUGUAUGAGUUUGGAAAUGAAGAAAGACUUGUUUAAAAUAAAAGUCUCGGAUAUAAAAGCACAUUUCAGCUCGUCAAAGGAGGGGCUGGCAUGUGAAGUCCUUUCAGAAGCUUUAUCAUUUGCUGAAGUUAAUAAAGGGUGGAAGUUUUGGGCGUGCUGCCGUUGCGGCGAGAAGUUUGCCAGCUCUGAGUUGCAUAUUGACCAUGUUAAUCAGGAGCACUUGGGCAUCCUGUUGCCUAAAAUGCAGGCACUUUUGCCCCAAAAUAUUGGAAAAGAGUCAACUGACUUGCUUCUCAACUGUCCUUGGAAACCAUUGGACAUCAAUGCCGCAGUGAUUUUGCUUGAGAAACAUUCAAAUGGUCAAGCAUCUGAUGAACAGAAGGACUUGUUCGCGGACAGUUGUGUCUAUGAAGAUGCAUGGGAUUCAUCCCAGAGAUUGGGUGAAAUAUGCAAUGACAUAAAUACGGAGAGCAAACAAUAUGAUAAUAUUUCUGACAUGAAGUGGAUGGACUACAAUGAAAAUCCAGAUGGCAAGACAACCUUUCUUCCUGAUAACUGGCCAUUGUUCGAUGAUUCUGAACGUGCAAAGCUCCUUGAGAAAAUUCAUUCUAUACUGGACUUGUUAAUUCAACAUAAAUACCUGGCCCAAAGCCAUCUCAGUAAGGUGAUACAGUUUGCAAUGGAUGAGUUGCAGGGGCUUUCGGCUGGUUCUCGGCUUUUUAACUAUGGAGUUGACCUGACAUCUGUAUGCAUAUGCUUUUUAGGUGCUCCUGAGCUGAAGAAAAUACAUGCAUUCUUACAGGAGCUAUCUCAUUCUUGUGGGGUAGGUAGAUAUUCUGAGAAGAGUAAUUCUGUGGAUGACUUUAGCAGUAGUAGCCAAGCUGUUGAUAUUGUAGAAAAGGUAGUUUUUGAUGAAUGUGAAUCAUGCCUUUUGUUUGAUGAGCAUUUCUUGCCUUGGGAGGUACAUCCAACCACAUGCCAUGAUGUUCUUCCAGCUGAUGCAACUAGAUCAUUUUCAUCCCGUGAAUCUUCUGAGAAUAGGCAUGUUACCGAUGAAGAUGCUUUAUUAUCCUGGAUAUUUACAGGUUCCAGUUGUGGUGAACAGUUGGCUAUCUGGAAACGAAAUAGAGAUGAAAAAGCACAUCAGGGAGUGGAAAUUCUUCAGACACUUGAGAAGGAAUUUCACCACCAGCAAAGCUUGUGUGAGAGAAAAAGUGAGCAUCUAAAUUAUGAGGAGGCAUUGCAAAUGGUAGAGGAUAUCUGUCUUGAGGAAGGUAAAAAAAAAGAGAAUGCCACUGAUUCUGUUUCCCGAAGUUAUGAGUCCGUCUUAAUGAAGCGACGGGAAGAACUCAUUAAAAGUGACAGUGAUGGUUUGCUCAUCAGCAAUAGGAUUGAACUGGAUGCAAUCUCUAAUGUUUUAAAAGAAGCAGAAUCUUUGGAUGUCAACCAUUUUGGAUUUGACGAGACUUAUGCUGGUGUGAAUUCUCCUUUUUGUGACCCAGAAUCUGGUGAAGAGGCUGACUGGAAGACAAAGGACUAUCUGCAUCAAGUGAACUCUUGUAUUGAGGUCGCAAUCCAGAGACAAAAAGAACACUUGUCUAUUGAGCUCAGCAAAAUUGAUGCUCGAAUUAUGCGCAAUGCUAGUGGGAUGGAAGAACUAAAAGUCAAGCUUGAUCCUGUUUCUGCCUAUGAUUAUCAAUCAAUAUUAGUACCUCUAAUAAAGUCAUUUAUGAGGGCACGGUUGGAAGAUCUUGCAGAAAAAGACGCGACACAGAAAUCAGAUGCUGCUAGAGAAGCAUUUUUAGCAGAACUUGAUUUAGACUUGAAAAAGGGCAUAGGUGGAGUAUCUGAUAAUACAAAACAUCUGCAUGAGAAAUCUAAGGAGAGAAAGAAGAAUAAGGAUUCCAGAAAAACCAAGGACCAUAAAGUUUCUGGUAGCAGUGAACUGCAUAUGCUGAACCAUGGGACUGCUGAACAGACAAUGUCAGUAUUUGCAAGUAAUGUGAGUCAUCCAGAUCUUGAAACUGUUGCUGGGACUGCUAUUGAGUCAAAUAACCAGGAAGAACUAAGAAGGAAGAUCGAGCUUGAAGCAGAAGAAAGGAAACUUGAAGAAACCUUGGAUUAUCAACGACGAAUUGAAAAUGAGGCUAAGCAGAAGCACCUCGCUGAGCAACAUAAAAAAUCUGCAGCAGUUUCAGAGGAGGUGGCAGUUGGAUUGCCAGAUGAUUAUUUCACACACAGUGCUAAUGAUAAAAAGGUGCAUGGACAAAUAAAACACCGUAGGCAGGAAUCGUCGGGUCAGAGUGCUGGAUUUUCAAAUCUCUCAGAACCUGUGCCUGAAGACCCUGGAGAGGAAGCAUCCCAGUUUAUUGGUAUCACCAAUGACCAUCUUUAUCAUGAAAGAACUAAACAAAGCUUACCUGAUGAAGCUACUCGAAACAAUGGUGUUUUUAUUUCCGAGGGGGGACGCAAGGGAAGGAGGGGUAAACGCCAUAAAAAUUCGACAAACUUGGCUGAUGGAAAGUUGCAACCUCUGCCAUCUGAGACUGAAAUUGCUGAAGCAGGAAGAUCCCAUUCACAUGAAAGUACUCGUGAUGCUGAUUCUUCUGAGAGUAAUUCAAAAACACUAAGACAAAUACAUUCAGAGGAGGACGAUGAGGAGAGAUUUCAAGCGGACCUUCAAAGAGCUGUGCGCCAAAGCCUUGAUACAUUCCAUGCACACAAGAACUUUCCAAGUUCAAGGAUGCCCCGGAAAUUAUUAUCAGAACCGGGUAAUGGCGAAGUUUUGUCUCAUGAGACUACUAACGAAAGUGUCAAUGGGGCAGAAGCAUAUGGCUUAGGUCUAAAAAAUGAAGUCGGGGAAUACAAUUGUUUUCUAAAUGUUAUCAUACAGUCCUUAUGGCACAUAACACGUUUUCGUGAAGAGUUCUUGAGAAAAUCACUGUCGGGGCAUGUUCAUGUUGGCGAUCCUUGUGUUAUUUGUGCUUUAUUUGAUAUUUUUAAUGCCUUGAGCAUGGCAUCCACAGACUUGAAGAGAGAGGCUGUUGCCCCAACUCCCUUAAGGAUUGCUUUAAGCAACCUUUAUCCUGAAAGCAACUUCUUUCAAGAGGCUCAAAUGAAUGAUGCGUCUGAAGUUUUAGGAGUGAUAUUUGACUGUCUACAUCGCUCAUUCACAUCCGGCCUGGAUAUUUCUAAUAAUGAAAUUGUUGGAAGCAACAACCUGAGUUCAUGGGACUGUGCAAAUGACGCCUGUGUGGCACACAAUCUUUUCGGAAUGAAUAUUUCUGAAAGACUGAACUGCUAUAAUUGUGGUUUGGAGUCAAAAUUUAUGAAAUACACAUCUUUUUUUCAUAAUAUAAAUGCCAGUGCCCUCCGCACUAUAAAGGUUCUGAGUCCUGAAAGUUCCUUCGGUGAGCUUCUUAAAUUUGUUGAAAUGAAUGACCAGUACACUUGUGAUCCAGAAUCUAAAGGCUGUGGAAAGUUUAACUACAAGCAUCAUUUCCUUUCGUCCCCGCCUCAUGUUUUUACAACAGUUUUGGGAUGGCAGAAUACAUGUGAAAACAUUGAUGACAUUAGAGCUACAUUGGCAGCAUUAGCUACUGAGAUAGACAUUGGUGUUCUCUAUCAAGGCCUUGAUCUGAAUAAUCGACAUUGCUUAAUUUCAGUGGUUUGCUAUUAUGGGCAACAUUAUUUUUGUUUUGCAUACAGUCAUGAUCAUGAACGGUGGAUUAUGUAUGAUGAUAAAACCGUCAAGGUGAUUGGUGGUUGGGAUGAUGUUAUUCUGAUGUGUGAAAGAGGACAUCUGCAACCUCAGGUGCUCUUUUUCGAAGAUGUAAACUAGAUACAUGUAACAAAUCACAUUCUCUGAUUCUCAUAAAAAGAAGGCUUUGAGCUUUUUGUGGGUUGAAGUGUGAAGAUGCAACAGAGACAUUGCACCGGCAGGAUUGAUACUCGUAAAUAUGGGACUUAAUAUCCAGAACGAGGAUAUUGGCAGUAAAGACUUACUGUUAUAAUCAAGAAAUUUUGUAGAGUUACAUACACCCUUAGCGGAGCAAAUGAAUAUGUUUAUGGAAUGAGAGCUGGUGGUAUUGAGGUAUACUUGUGAAAACAAUCGAAGUUCUUGUUAGUAAAGUUUUCCCAUUAUCCUGGGUGUUAGAAUAGGUUUGUUCUGAAAAUUGAUGAAAUCUAAUGGUCAUGAUGUAUAGACGCAGAAAUUCGAGAUAAUGUUCAACUUAGUUUUCAUGUUAUGGCGGUGUUUUCAACUUGGAGGUGGUUUGGGUGAGAAUAAAAUUGCAGAUCUUUUUAAGUUGCCGGGCCAUGGAUAUACUUUGAGCAUGUGAUGAUGUCGAUAACUUGUUAACUGGUAUGAUUUGCCAGUAUUUUAUUGCAGUGAUACCUAGGAAUAGUAAAAAACUAUCAGGUACUUUUAGAUUUGUAUUUCCUUUUUGUUCUUGAAAAUGACUUGGUUUUGUAUAGUGAAUAUUACAGAUAUUUGGAUCUUUACUUUAUA